AUGGAGGUAUUUAUAGGCGAAAAUCUUCCGCAAAAAAGCGUCGGCGCUGGCGGAAAUCCGAGCAGGGCGGAAAAGAGCCUCGCGGAGCAGGAGCGGCGGAGGGUCGCCGCGCAGCCGGUUCCGUUUGUUGUUCAGGCCGAGCUGAAUUUUGGAAUAGAUUGGAGGGAUUACGCGGAAAACACGGGUUCGAAGAACGGGCCGGGGGGCGUUGCUAAGAAUUGCGCGGAAAUUGCUUCGCCGAGCUCUGGCGCAUCAGUGGAAUGCGCUCGCGUAGUGACUCCGCCGGCUGAAGGGAGCGAUGGCGGAAGGAAGACGCCAUGCGACGAUGGUAACAAUGAUGGCGAUCGUUUCGAGGGAAACUUCCCUUUGCCCGUGCAAUCGCGUGACAACAUCGGCUGCGUGGCGCCAUUGAAAGCAUCUGAAUCACGCGAUUCGCCAUCGGAACGGCAAUGGAACGCCACCGUCGGGCCAGUGCAUGGCGGAACCGGCACCGGCGCGUCGGGUUUUGACCUGAACGAACCCCCGACACAGCAGGAGGACGAGUCGACUCAUAGCGCGGACGCGGCGGCUCCGACCUCUGCUGCUGAUUCUUCCCUGCGACGACGUCCCGACGCAUUAACCACGGCGGAGGCGGCUUUUGCGGGCAGUUUCGAUGGCUUACAUACUCUUGAUGCAGAUUUGAUUGAGAUUCGCCGUAGGGCAAUGAUGAGCCUGCCGCCCAUUGGGACGCGCCACGUGCGGCCGGAGGGGUACACUUGCUCCUUCUGUGGCCUCAAUUUCGCCACGUCACAGGCUCUGGGCGGCCACAUGACCUGUCAUCUGCGCAAAAGAAAACAAACCUUGCCUGACAAGGCCACUGAUGGUGGUGCUACUGGUGGUGAUGCUUCUGGUGCUGCUGGUGGUGCUGAAACAGCCUUUCAAAAAGUCCAGAGCAAACUAGCAGCAGCAGAAGCAACACCAGCAGCAGGAGCAGGAGCAAAAGCAGCAGGUGCAGCAGCAGGAGCAGCAGCUGUGGGAGGAACACUCACAGCAGCAGCAGCAGCAUAUACAGCAGAAGAGACAGCAGCAGCAGCAGCAGCAGCAGGUGACCGAGGGAGGUCUGCUCGCACGGGGAUAUUCUCUGGGUUUUCCCGCUACACGCAUGCUAUUGCCGGAAUUGACCUGCUCGAUUCGACUCCACCUGACUCGCACCACAAGAGCCAGAACAUUUUGGUAACACAGCAGAGUAGAUUCUUGCCUUCCAUCCAAACCCUUGGCAACACUGAUGGAAUCGCUGGUGGUGGUGGUGGUGCUGCUGCUGCUGCUGCUGCUGCUGCUGGUGGUGGAGCUGCUGCUAAUGCUGGUGGUACUAGCAUUGAUCAAACAUUUGCUCAAGCGUCGAAAAGAGAGGGCGAAGGAACCAAGUGGCAGCAGCAACUUGAGGCGAUUCAAGCAGCAUUGAGUGACUGGAGGGAGAAUGGGAAUAAGCAUCGUGGUUUGCCAUGA